GUUGCGACGUUUCCGAGCGGCGUAUUCGCUAGGCGAAAAGAGCUAGAAGAGGAACGCUCGUGUUGACCGCGAGAGCGGACAAAGGAAGGAAAGAGAGGAGAUAAAGAAACGGUUAGGAAGCAGCGAAUGCCGAAUGCGAGAGGGAGUUGACCGAAGAAAAAGCGUCGGCGUGGUGGGGCGGUUAGCGACAGUCUAGCAGCGCGGCAUGCACCGGUAGUGGUAACGCGGGUGUCGGUGUUCGAAGGUGUACACGCGUGCACGGACACGCCAACGCGAGCGCGAGCGCGACCACGUACCGAAGAGAGAAGGCGAACAGGAGGGAGACGAAGGAAGACGAUCGGUAGACAACGGUAGAGGAGUGGUAGAGAAGCACGGAGAGCAAGUUGGCAGAGACAGUGCCGAGAGAAGCGGUCGGUGGCAGUUCGAGUCUGUCGUCAGGUCGAGAGACGCGCGGCCAGUAUCGUUCGCGAGAUUCGUCACGUUUUUUUAACGCUUCCUUUUUCCCUUGUUUUUUCGCCUCGUCGUAUUUCCCGCAGGUCGGAAGAAACCGCGCGAUCGAGACGUUCUCGUUCGCGAUUCAAGAUGGGUUAAACGGUGUUCCUCGAACGUUGCACGAUUCGUCGCAAGAUCGGUAAUCCGCGUACACGCCUCGCGUGUAAACUUCGCGGUGUUUCCAAGUGCAAACGAGUGUGCUCGUCUCGAGAAAUCGACUCCUCGAACGGAUCGAACGAUAUUUCGCUGAUUCGCGUAUCGCUCCUUCUCUCGGAUAGAUCGUGUCGAUAAAGGGGAACAACGCGUUCGAUCGUCGCGCGAUAACAGUGCGAAGGAAGAAAUACUCGUUUCCGCGAGUGGUUCGAUUCGAACCGAACGAACGGUGUGCGUCGAUGAGCGCGUCGAAGAGCGUGUCGAAGACGAAGACGACUACUAGGAUAGUCGCGUUUGGCGACCAGACGCGGAUAAUGCGGCAACUACGUGACCGACCGAGCUACCUUGAACGAUUCGACGGAUCAACCUCGACCUACGAACGCGUCGUCGACGGACGAGCGUAGCUUCCUAGGAUUCGUCCAGUCGACGACGACCGAAAGAUCGUUUCGCUCGACGUCGAUCGUAGACGAGCAGAUUCCUGCACCGAUCCGAGAGAAACCGUUAAUCGAGACUGGAUCGGAUCGAGCAAAGUAGGACAAAGCGCGAUAUUUCUACUUACGGAAGAACCUAAUGUCGCGCGCACUUGCGCCAACCGUACGAGGAUCUUGGAAGAGUAUCGUCGAAUCGUGAUUUACAGGUCGUUCGCUUGUUCGAUUUCCGAGUAUCGGAUGACCAUUCCACGGUAGCGUAGCGUCGCGUACGAAAGCUAGUACGAAAACGAAGUACCUUGUAACUUACCAAAUAAAUCGAAUAUAGCUCGACUCGUUUAAGAACAGUUUUACACCCUCCGUUGGACAGGCUCCUCCGAUCGAAGCGAAGAAGAUUAAGUUUUCGAAACGAUCGAACCAAAGGCGAAGGAGCGAAUCAUCGACGUUAGCUUCGUAUCGAUCGAUCGAUCGAGCGAACGAGCGAGCGGGCGCGAGCGUAUCCGGAAUACGGAAAGAGCCGAUCGAGGUAUGCGCAACAAGUUAAGGGGGAAACACGUGACCGUAACUACCAAAGCAAACAUCCGAGCGAGCGUAGAUAAGGGGUUGGAGGCGACGACCGCAAACCUACGGAUGCACGCAAAAAGUAUCCUCGAGCGUAAUCUUUUCCGCGUACCGCGUCCAAACUGAAACUCGCUGGCCGAGUUAUUCGAAGGAAGAUUCGCGAGAUCGCGCUUAAUCCACCACGGUGCUCGAUCGCCAAUUUCUUUUCCGCUCGAUAUCUAGAGAACGAGGAUGUAUCGUACCGAUCAACUUCCCUGGACAAUCGCAACGCCUUGAAUGAUUUUCCCGUUUUGUGGCUUCGUUUUCGACUCGUCCGACGAGAGGGCGAAACAAAUGCCCGUCGCUUCGGAAGAUUGGGUCCCGCACCCGGCUAAAAUAACCAGUUCUAUCACCACCGUCAAGGGUACCACCAUCCAAAGCACGACCACUGCUUGGAUGUCGCCGUACAGCAGAGCACCGCCCUCUGAAUGCUCCGCUCCCAACAAUAUCCACAACAACAACAACAACAAUAACAACAACAAUAGUCAUAACAAUAACAAUAAUAAUAAUAAUGGUGUCGUCAUACUCGAGGGAUGUAGACCACCUGCCGCGACCACGGCCAGAAGAUUCCUUAGAUGGUUCAGCAGACUGGGCCAACCCCCGAUGGGAAAGUCAGGGGUGUUGGAGAUGGCAGCCACAGAGAGCACGAUCCGUUUCAGCGGCCACACGUUGGACAAGGCUACAAAGGCCAAGGUAACGUUGGAGAAUUACUACAGUAACCUAAUAGCUCAGCACAUCGAACGAAAGCAAAGGCUCGCGAAAUUAGAGGAGUCGUUGAAAGACGAGGGAUUGUCGGAGCAGCAGAAGCAAGAGAAACGGUUGCAACAUGCACAGAAAGAGACCGAAUUUCUUCGAUUGAAACGCUCUCGUCUCGGCGUCGAAGAUUUCGAGCCUCUGAAAGUUAUUGGCAGGGGCGCUUUCGGGGAAGUAAGACUCGUGCAGAAGAAGGACACCGGCCACGUGUACGCGAUGAAAAUUCUUAGAAAAGCCGAUAUGCUGGAAAAGGAACAAGUCGCGCACGUCAGGGCCGAGAGAGACGUGUUGGUUGAAGCGGAUCAUCAGUGGGUCGUAAAAAUGUAUUAUAGUUUUCAAGAUCCCAUUAACCUGUAUUUAAUAAUGGAGUUUCUUCCAGGCGGUGACAUGAUGACAUUGCUGAUGAAGAAGGACACGCUGUCCGAAGAGUGCACGCAGUUUUACAUUUCCGAGACGGCGCUAGCGAUCGAUUCUAUUCAUAAGCUAGGAUUCAUUCACAGAGACAUCAAACCGGACAAUCUGUUGCUGGACGCGCGGGGUCACAUAAAGCUCUCUGAUUUUGGCCUGUGCACGGGACUGAAGAAAUCUCAUAGAACCGAUUUCUACAGAGACCUCAGUCAAGCUAAACCUUCCGACUUCAUGACAUCCUGUGGAAGCGGAAGCGGCGGAGCGAUGGACAGCAAAAGGAGAGCCGAAAGUUGGAAAAGAAACCGAAGAGCGUUAGCGUACAGCACAGUGGGAACACCGGACUACAUAGCUCCAGAAGUAUUUUUACAGACCGGUUACGGUCCUGCCUGCGACUGUUGGUCCUUGGGGGUUAUCAUGUACGAAAUGCUCAUAGGAUACCCUCCGUUCUGCAGUGAAAAUCCUCAGGAAACUUACAGAAAAGUGAUGAACUGGAGAGAAACUUUGGUGUUUCCACCGGAGGUUCCCAUCAGCGAAGAAGCUAAAGACACCAUAAUCAGAUUCUGCUGCGAGGCCGACAGAAGAUUAGGUGCGCAAAGAGGCAUCGAGGAACUGAAAUUAGCCCCCUUCUUCCGCGGAGUCGAUUGGGAGCACAUCAGAGAACGACCGGCCGCGAUACCCGUCGAAGUGCGUUCGAUCGACGACACCUCCAAUUUCGACGAAUUUCCCGACGUGAAAUUGGAAAUUCCAUCCGCCCCGAUGCCUCAAGACGGAGAGGUAAUAUACAAGGAUUGGGUAUUCAUCAAUUACACGUUUAAGCGAUUCGAAGGUUUGACGCAACGAGGCACGCCGACCAAGAAAUAGCAACGCUCCAUUUCAUGCUCGGUUUCAACCAGUCAGCAGUCUGACGCAACUGGAAUUCCGGCCUUGGUACAUCACCCGUACCCUCCGUUGUCAUCGGCGGUACCAUCACGGAUGGACGGCUGAUCCGUUUCGUCUUUCGAACACGGCCCAUUCGGUCAUCGGGAACGAGUCGUUCUUGCGUGUACGUACGCGACGUAGCGAGUACGAUGCGCGUACGUAUAUGUUCAAGGAAGAAACGAGGAGGGUUCAAGAAGAGGAGGAGGAGGUGGAUCAGGAGAAGAGGAAAGAAAAUGGAAACGAACAUGACAUGACGAUAAUCAACGAGCCGUGUCGUUUGUUAUUUAUAAAGGGACAAAGAACGGAACGAUAACAAGAUUCCUGAGACGAGCGAGUGCGAAAACUCUGAUGCACAUGUGAUAAGGAAGAAGCGACGUAUUUUCAUGCGCACCGUAAUCAUUAGCGAUUUUCAGUUAUUGUAUCAAAGAAAAAAGAAAAAACAACAAGCAAACGGCGUUUCCUUUCCGUUCUGUCGUGGAUAUUUUUUCCAUCCAGUACUUCGAUACGUAGCAUAAUAAGCUCUCUGUAGUGAAAAAUAUUAAUAGAAAGGAAGAACAAAAAGAUGGAGCCUCGGUCCCGUGAUUCUCGCAGCGAAUAUUUCGCGUAACGAUUCAUUUUGUUCGGUGUGUUUUCUCUCUUUUUCUUCUAACGAUAUACUGGUUCGAUUCUCGUAUUCAGCUCUCUUCUCAACGUUGUAUUUAUAUAGCUAGUGCUGUGAUAUGAAAUUAUUUGAAAGUUUUGUAUACAAAUAGCUGUUUUGUCUGUUAACGAAUACUGAACUUUACGAACGUUGUAUACUUUGUUCGAUCGUGCUUACGUUUUUCUUAAAAAACAAUUUAGAAAUUUGUUGGUGUAAAAAGGGUAUUAUUUUAUAUUUAUAUAUAUGUACACAAACACACACAUAUAUAUAUAUAUAUGUAUAUGUGUAUCUUUUUAGAGCUUUUUCCCGAAUAUUUAUUGUACCAUUGUAUCGUAAAAUUCCACGAAGAAUGUAUCAUGGUAAAUUAUUCUUCGAGGUUGAUCGUACGUAUAUUCGCAAGAUUUUCUAAAUGUUUUUAAUUAUCAAUAAUCAUCCUGUACGAACGUUUUUGACAUUUGUAUCGUGUUAUUCGCGUGUUAAAAAAAAAGGAAAAGCUUUUCUUUCUACGCGCGUAAUUAUGAUUUCGCUUUAAAAUAACUUAGCCGAAAGCGGUCCAAUUACGAUAUUAGCUUUACGGCACAGGCUUUCGCGUAACUCGCUGUCGAAUAAAACGUACCGCUCGAGCUAAUUAACCGAGUAAAAGAAAACGUCUAAGACGCGUAAAAGGUUAGAAGGCGUUGAAGGAGAAUCAUACAGGUACCGGGUCUCUUUCUUGAAGAACUUGCAAACACAACGUUUUUGUUUGUGCCUGAGUAUUAUUAUGAAAAUCUGGAAAUGCAUUAAAACAAUCUUUAAAAAAAAAAAGAACAAAUGUGUGAAAACGGGAAACAAUACACUCGUUGAAUUUAGGGCUCCUUCGUUGCCUUAGCAAGGUUCCUAACGCGUACGCGCGCGCAGCGCGAUUUAAAAAGCUGCAAAGGACAAAAGAAAAUUUAUAACGCUGGGUACAAUUCGUAAAUUUAAUAAAAGCCAAAAAUAUUCGUUCACAUAAUCGAAUGUAAUCUUUAUUUCGGUUAUACACCUUUUACGCGAAAUUACGUUAAAAUGUUCCGAUUUCGAGACGUUUCGUUUUCUUACGCCGCGUUUCUUUUCAUCACCGACCGAUGAAAAUUCGCUUUGAAAAAGUUUAUGAUGCCCAGCAACGACUGGAUCCACGCAAAAGUUUUCCUACGCACGAAGGAAAAAUUAUAUGAGUGUGUCAGACAUCGUAUCAGGCUCCUCGAACGAGCGACAUAGAUUUUACUUCGAAUACAACAUCGUGGACGAUAUUUAGUAUUUACAUUCGGUAGUUUACUAACAGCCAGGGCACCACGGUAGUAAUAGUACUAAUGAUUAAAGAAAGGCUAGAUAAUGGUAUAAAGUAUCUCGCAGAGGUAGCUACGAAUGCACGCGACGCUAGAGACGUAUCCGCGUUCCGACUACCGUUACUCGUAACAAAUUUUUCACUCCUUCCUCGUACGGGUUCGGCCUGUCUUCGUUAACGACGAUUACGAAACUACCAUUAUUGCUGUACAACGUACGCGUACGCGAACGAACACGGAGACGAACGAAAAAGGAAAAUAACGAUUCGUUACACCGUUCUAAGAGGGUUGCGUUAAACGAGAGGCUUCAGUAUUUUAACAAAUUCUACUUCCACCCAUAAAUUCCUACAGCCGAUUUAUUUUUUCGAUUGUUGCGUCGCAAAAACUUUUUACGGGUAGAUAAAAAUUGCCUUACGAUUCGAAAACGAAAUGGUUUUUAGAUCGAUACUUAUUAGACGCUUCGUACGACCGCUUUCGAAGACCGCUACUUCGCUCGAACGUUCGACGCAAUCUUUUUCGAACACUCCGCGCUCCGUGUCGUUCGCGCUCGAACCGCGACCAUCUUUCAGCCGUGUAAAGUUAACAGAUUUCGAUAUAUGAUUGUACGACACAGAGCGUUUAGAUUUACAGAGUACCAUUUAAGUCGGCAGUUUUUAAACGAGACAAAAGCUUCAAUUACAAAGGCGAAACUAUUUUCUGCAUCGAUAGAGACAGAAGAGACAAAAGGGUGAAAGAUUGCGAGAAAGAGAGGAGAAGAAAGGCGAAGAAAGCGGAAUGGAUGGGUGGUAGAGAGAAAGGUGCCGAAAGGGUGCGCGUGAAAGGGUCGUAUGGAAUGAACGAGAGAGAAAGAGUGAUAAGCUUAGUAACCCGUAACUAUCUAGUACAGAUGCUCUGACGUCCAAUGCUGCUAAGUAAAUGAACGGAAGUGAUCGCGAUUUAUUUAUUUAUUUAAAAGAAGAGAAUUUUAAAUAAACUAAAACAAUAGCCACGAGAUGCCUUCGACGCAGUGAAGCAAGUCUUUUCGGUGCCCUGGACGCAACGGUACGUACGCGUUAGAGGCGGACAGCUCGGAAAAUUUCUGAUUCGUGAGACUUUGAACCGGUGUGGAAAAUCAGCCGAAAUACGCGUCGACUCGAAAGAAGUUUGCGAUCGAAAGCGAACACCGAAGGUGACUCGAUGUAUAAGUUAUUUCUAUCGAUUCUGUGUAAACGUAUUCCGAAAGAAACUCCACUAGAUUAUUAAUACGAUAUUCGUCGUCGGUGUACACUGUAAAUAAUUACAAGAGCCACUCGAGUCGCAGCGCUGGUCGAAUCCGGCGCGAUGCCGCGCGAGCGCCGAGCGAUUUCGUCGUGCCGCAUAAACGACGUAUUUCGCUUGGAUUUCCGUGCAAUCGUUGUACGUCCGACGCGCGGCGAGGUUAAGCGACGCGCGAAAAAUAUUAGCAAAGAGGAAGGAAUUCGUUUGCGUCGUUCGCGCGGAAAAACCGCCAACUCUUUGCUUCGGGACGCUUCGAGCAACGCUGCCUACGUAAUAAAUCGAUCACGAAACGUCCGUACGUUAGAGCGUUUAACCCCUCCGUUGCUAGCGCUCCUAUUAUUUCUAACGCGAAAGCGAAAAUGUUAGCGAACGCGUUAAUUGGUCAUCGAUCGAUUGUCGACGUCUCGUCGAACCGAUUAAAAAGAAAUCUAAAGAGAGAAAAGACGUUUACGCGCGUUGAAUGUUAGCCGUCGCGACGUUCGAUCGGCUCUGCGAAGUUGGCGAUCGAGCGAACGAAACGCGAUCGUUUUCAAAAAGUCCGUGUCGAUUUUUCUAGGUUCGCGCAGCAUCCUUCGAUCUAGAUUCUGUCCAAGAUCGAUUGGCCGACAAAGUAGAUUUUAUCGAGCAAAUCCCACGACACACCGGUCUCUAGAUACUUGAACCCUUUCGCCACGGACGUCGAAGAUUAACCGUUAUCGGGAAGAAGCGGUCGGGACGUUGAUUCGGUAUCGAGCCACGAUAAGAUACCGAUUUUCCGCGAGAGUAUUCGAGUAAGCGAUAAAGAUACAAUUUAUCGAAAUUUAUCGGCCGUGGCGAAAGGAUUGAACGGUCCGUCGCUCUAUCUCUUGUCUUCUCGCUCGGCGUUUGCUCCGAUCCCUCUCGAUACGUUUCGAGCCAAACGCCUAACGACUCGGUGCUUUACUCGUGGCCAGUCUUGCUCGUAUCUUUUAUGAUUUCUAAUUAGAAUCGUUAGUAUCGCUUCUUGAACUAGCCCCCUUCGCACUUUCCAUUCUCCCUUUGCCACUAGCGUCGUCGCUGUUGUAGCCGUUUGUCUUGAUCGUUGCUGGCGUCGACGCCUUUGCUCGCGUUAAUCCGCUUCGAUCCAUUCGUCUUUCGAACGGUCAAUUUGAAAUUCGUAUUGAGUUGCUAGAACGAAAGCUCCAGUUCGCUAAACGCGAUAACAAAUUUUCGAGCGCAACGUUUUUACAGGAGGACCGUGGAUCGAAUCGGUCGAUUCCCUUUUAUCUGUCGGGUCGAACGCGAUCCGUAUUCGCGUCUCGUCGAUCGAUCGCGCUCGGCGAUACGAUUUUAUUUGUCGGGACAAAGGACGAGACGAACGCGAAGACGAGUCGACGAGGGCGUUCGGAUAUUUUAUAGUAAGCUUGCGAUUCGAUUAAAGAAUUAUCGUCGAGUAAUAGAAAGAACAAAAAGAUAAAGAAACACGAUGUAUAAAGUGAAAUAUUGCUUUUCACACGCGAUAUACGAUAUUGUAAUUAUAGCGAUUGUCGUUAAUAAAUUGUUUUUUAUUUUA